GAUCAUUACAAACUCAAACCUGCUGUGAGUGAGCUUGAAAUAAUGAAGUCAGGAUAAGAAAAACAGCAAAAGAAUCUAAAAAUCUAUAUAUUAACAUCUAUUAUUAAGGUGUAGGUUUGGAGACUUGGAUGUAAUUUAUUAAAUAUUUAUUUUUAUGCUAUCUGCACAGAACUUUAGUCCCUUUGAUAGAAACUGGUUUCCAAUCCUCAUCACUCGUCAAUCUCAUCAACAUGGGCUGUUGGCAGCGCUCGUCCCUCCUGUCCCCUGCUCUGAGGCUGGCAGUGGUCGCGGUGAUUCUUCUGCUCAAGCCCCACCCCUCGCUGGCGGGCGCCCCCCCUGAGCCGAGCUCGGACGGCUCCGUUCUGGCAAUCGCCACGAACAAAAGCGAAUGCAGCAAAGCUGAAGAAUGCUCGAGCGGGGUGAUCUUGCCUGUUUGGGAACCCCAGAACCCAUCCUUCGGAGACAAGGUUGCCCGGGCGACGGUUUACUUCGUGGCUCUGGUAUAUAUGUUUCUUGGCGUGUCGAUCAUCGCGGACCGCUUCAUGGCUUCAAUAGAGGUCAUCACAUCACAGGAGAAAGAGAUCACCAUCAAGAAACCCAAUGGAGAAACCACCAAAACCACAGUUCGGAUCUGGAAUGAGACCGUCUCCAACCUCACCCUCAUGGCUCUGGGCUCGUCCGCCCCUGAGAUCCUUCUGUCCGUCAUUGAGGUUGUGGGUCACGGGUUUCAUGCCGGCACACUGGGCCCUUCCACUAUAGUCGGCUCUGCAGCCUUCAACAUGUUCGUCAUCAUCGGGAUCUGCGUCUACGUGGUGCCCGACGGCGAGACGAGGAAAGUCAAGCAUCUGCGGGUCUUCUUUGUCACGGCCACCUGGAGUAUCUUCGCCUACAUCUGGCUCUACCUGAUCCUGUCGGUGAUCUCUCCCGGGGUGGUGCAGGUGUGGGAGGGUCUGCUCACCUUCCUCUUCUUCCCCGUCUGCGUGGUGUUCGCCUGGGUGGCCGAUCGCCGCCUGCUGUUUUAUAAGUACGUGUACAAGCGCUACCGCACCGGGAAGCAGCGCGGGAUGAUCAUUGAGACGGAGGGCGACAGGCCACUCCCCUCCAAGGUGGACAUCGAGAUGGAUGGAAAGAUGUUGAACUCUCACGGUGUUGACUUCCUGGACGGUCCGCUGGGCCUGGACAUAGACGAGAAGGAUCUGGACGAGGAGGAGACCCGUCGAGACAUGGCAAAGAUCCUGAAGGAGCUCAAACAGAAGCACCCAGACAAGGAGGUGGAACAACUCAUUGAACUCGCCAACUAUCAGGUCCUGAGCCAGCAGCAGAAGAGCCGAGCUUUCUAUCGUUGCCAGGCCACCAGGCUGAUGACGGGCGCCGGCAACAUCCUGAAAAAACACGCCGCCGAUCAGGCACGAAAGGCUGUCAGCAUGCACGAGGUCCGCUCUGAGAACGGUGACAACGAUCCUAUCUCCAAGAUCUUUUUUGAGCCCGGCUCCUACCAGUGUCUUGAGAACUGCGGCACCGUGGCGGUGAACGUGGUGCGGCGAGGCGGCGACCUUGGCAAGACCAUUUCUGUGGAGUACCGGACGGAGGACGGCACCGCGAACGCCGGUUCUGACUACGAGUUCACGGAGGGCGUGGUGAUGUUCAAACCCGGCGAGACCAUGAAGGAGAUCCGCGUGGGGAUCAUCGACGACGACAUCUUUGAGGAAGAUGAAAACUUCCUCAUUCACCUCUCCAACGUCAAAGUGUUGCCACCAGAAGGCGAAGAGCCGCAAGAGGGCGACUCAGCCAACCACGUGGACUCUGUGGCCUGCCUUGGCCUGCCGGCUACAGCAACCGUGACCAUUUUUGAUGACGACCACGCGGGUAUCUUUACGUUUGAAGAGCCUGUUUUCCAUGUCAGUGAAAGUGUGGGCAGCAUGGAGGUGAAGGUGCUGCGAACAUCUGGAGCUCGCGGCGUGGUCAUGCUGCCAUACAAGACGGUGGAGGGAACUGCUCGGGGAGGCGGAGAGGACUUUGAAGACACCCACGGCGUCCUUGAAUUUCAAAACGACGAAAUCUUUAAAACCAUCAAGGUGAAAAUAAUUGACGACGAGGAAUACGAGAAGAACAAAACCUUCUAUGUAGAGCUUGGAGAGCCUCGUCUGGUGGAGAACAGUGACACCAAAGUUCAGGAAGAGGAGGAAAAGCAGGAGGAAAAUGAGGAGGAAGAGGAGCCGCUGACAGGAAGCGAUGAAGAGAAGCGGCGCAUUGCAGAGAUGGGCCGCCCCAUGCUGGGAGAUCAUGUCAAGCUGGAGGUGGUCAUCGAGGAAUCGUACGAGUUCAAGAACACAGUGGACAAGCUCAUAAAGAAGACCAACCUGGCUCUGCUGGUAGGAACCAACAGUUGGAGAGAUCAGUUCAUAGAAGCCAUCACUGUGAGCGCAGGUGAGGAUGACGAUGAUGAGGAGUGCGGGGAGGAGAAACUGCCGUCCUGUUUCGACUACGUCAUGCACUUUCUCACCGUCUUCUGGAAGGUUCUGUUUGCCUUCGUCCCUCCCACUGACUACUGGAGCGGCUGGGCCUGUUUUGUGGUCUCGAUCUGCAUGAUUGGACUGCUCACUGCUGUCAUUGGUGACCUGGCCUCUCAUUUUGGCUGCACAGUCGGCCUGAAGGACUCUGUCACAGCGGUUGUAUUUGUUGCAUUAGGAACGUCUGUGCCAGAUACGUUUGCCAGUAAGGUAGCUGCCACCCAAGAUCAGUAUGCCGACGCCUCCAUCGGUAACGUGACGGGCUCCAACGCUGUCAACGUUUUCCUGGGCAUUGGGGUGGCAUGGUCCAUCGCCGCCAUCUAUCACAAGAGCAAAGGGAAUGAGUUUAGGGUCGAUCCUGGCACGCUGGCUUUUUCCGUCACACUCUUCACCAUAUUUGCCUUUAUCUGCGUUGCCACUCUGUUGUACCGUCGGCGACCAGAGAUCGGUGGAGAGCUGGGCGGGCCCCGGACUGCGAAGACCCUGACCACCAUGCUGUUCGUCAGCCUGUGGCUCCUCUACAUUCUCUUCUCCUCACUGGAGGCCUACUGCCACAUCCAAGGCUUUUAAGAUGUUGUUGAUGAAGGGAAAAAGAAAAAAAAAAAGGUGGGAAAGAGAGAUGGUGAGACGGUAAAAGCCGGAUGGCAGGUGGUUUUGAAAUUUAAGGCCAUCUCAUUGAUCUGUUCAACCCCUACCUGUCUGCAACACAACGAAUGACAAGUGAAUGGACGGAUGUACAGAUGAACGACUUGAAGACGCACUAAAGCAACGAAAAUGGAAGGAAGCAAGGAUGCACGUAAGGACGACAAUAAUCAGGAGAAGCAUAACAGCUGGAGAACUCUCGAGAAAUGGAGAUUUAUUGGAAAAGGGAUUACAAACAAAUUCUUUUUUUUUGCCUAACUCAAUCAAUCUAUACCUAUCAAGUUGAUCUAAACUAACCAAUGAUUUAAAAAAGACAGAUGACAAUAAAGACAAAACAAAGGGUUCAAGGAAAUUAAAUAUCCACAUGACAGGAAGUCCAUAAGAUUCAAAGAAACUGUCAGAGCUCUGGGACAGUUUGUGUCAAGCGACUAAAAUGUCAGUGUGUACGUGCAUGGUUAGAGAACACUGACAAUGCAAUCAGAAAAAAAUGGGAGUCAUUGCCAUAACUGUAUAAUGACAACAAACUGUGUGCGUGCUGGUAUAUGACGGUUCGUUUCUGUGCUUGUGUGCUGUGGGAAGAUGGUCAAGUACUGUGAAAAAAAAAAACAAAAAAAAAUUAUGCCUCUUGUUUUUACUGUCGCCGCGUAAAACUAAAUGUUUUCGUAUUCAAAGUAUUCUUAACUCUCGCUCUCCCAGAUCGUAGACAAGUCAGGUUUUUUCUGGGAAGGGAGAUAAAGUGAAGUGGAAAAGUUCUUUAACAUCCCUUGAGGUUAAAUCAAUUUGUAAAUAAGAGCUAAGUGUACGUUAUAGCUCGUCAGAAUUCCUCCUGAAUGUCUUGGUUACGCCAUGCGCUUCUGAACGAGCCCUCGUUCUGUUGCUUUAAACUGUAGAUGUAAAUGAUUUUCAACGUCUUAUUUAAAUGUAUAAGGGGAUAGUGUGCUCUUACCUUUAAUGCGGCCAUUAAUCUGGCCACUCUACCGUUCAAAACUGUUAGAAAAACUCAAUUCAUUGCAUUAGCAUCCAAAUUAAUGCCAUGUUUAGUUUUUUUGAUGAUUCUUUUUAACACAGCACUACAUUUUGUUUAAAAAAACAUAUUUUUAUUUUCCCUGCCACUUGGACACAAUGAUUAUAGCACCUAUUUGCUUCUGUCAACAUAAACUGUCUCUUGACAUCUUUCUGCUGGCUGGUCUGUGGAUCAACAUCUUUAAGGGCUUUAUAGAGAAAAGAACACCAACCCCGACUCUGAGAAUUGCUUUGCAAUUCUUUACCAGAAUGAGUCAUUAGGAAGCUACUCAACAGGGUUUUAAACUGCUAAAGCAACACAUUCUCAUUCCCAACUCGUAUGGACACAUGGUUGGACCCCUUCGCCUCAAAAAUUGGCAAUUUGGGUGUCCCCAACUCAGCGUAUUUUGAUGUGCUGGCUGUUUCCAUUAAAUCAGGGCUCCCCAACAUCCGAGCCGCAAACCAGUACACAAGUGCACCAGUACCCCCUAACUUGGUACCAGACGCACGCACGUGGUAUGGGACAGUACCAUGCGCGUACGCUGCAGACAUGGUACUGGUUUGCAGACCAGGGUAAGGGCACCGGCUGCAAACCGAGGACCAGUCCUCGUCCGGUACCACAUCUGACAAAACGCCAGGACCCAGAUUUAAUUGGAAGAGCCAGCUUAUCAAAAAACAAUAUGUUGUGGACACCCAAAACGUCAAAAAGUGAUGCAGAGGGGUCCUUAACCAAUUGUCAAUAUGGGAUGACUUGGAAACAAGAAUUUGUUGGCUAAAGCCUUCACCAUAAUCUAAAGCCUCAUUUCCACUGAGCAGUCCGGUACGGUAAGGAGUAGUUCUGGAUGGACCAGCCCAUUCUAGCGAGCAUUUUCUCUCAACUAAAUUUCGCUUCCACUGAGCGUUUUUUUUUACGGUGCGUGGUGGUGUAGACCACAAGCUUGACAUUGCGUCAUUAUAGUGCAAUGACUAGAAAAGCAAAAACACUGGAGGUCAUCCAGCAGCUCGUCUUUUUCUUGCUUUACUGUUUGUACAUCGUGUAUAACAGGAAUUUAAAGUUGCUUGAAAGAAGAUUGUGGAAGAAGAAUACCGCCGUAACGAGGAAAACGGAAACGCUAGCUUAGCGCUAUACUGACGCUUUCUAAUGUCGUCAUCACUUUAUGCCAAUCAAUGAAAGGCUACAGUGACUCCACCUCAACCGUCCUGUUCGGUUUUCCUAUGGAGCUAUAAGUGAUGGGGCCCUGAAGAGGUACUGUACCAUGCCGUGCCAGUGGAAACGAGGCUUAAAUUUCAAACUCAUUGUAAUGGCAUUAAAAGCUACAUAAAGCAAACAGUGAUAUUAUUUAUAGUGCAAAAUCAAUUAUCUAUAAAAAACAAAAAUUGAUGAACUAUUCUUACUUUUUUGAUCAGUUCUACUUUGAACCUCCCCUGGAGGGAGCUAUAUCAAUAAAUUCUUUAUCCAUCUCAAUCCAUAAUUGUUUACUAUUGUAGUUGGAUUGGAAGAUUUUUGAAAUUAUAGAAAACACUUGACAUUUUUUUAGACCAUUCAUCUAUAUAAACACAUUUAAGUACAAAACAUGUUUUUUUUCUUCAGCUAAUAUUUAUUUAGAAAAUAAAAGCCAUUAGAAAAACUGAUGUACAGGAUGUCUUGUUGACUGCAUUGGAACAAAGAUGGGUUUAUUUGUACUAGUAAAAAAUACCCUAUAGGGACUACUAUAAGUACAUCUAAUAUCAAUCAGCCUUUAUUCAGCUAAAAUUAGAGGUUUGGAGUCAGAGGUUUUGGACAUUUUCUGAUAGCUUGUGUAUUUUGGUUGUUGGAAUACACCGAUCUUUAAAAACCUAUAUACCCUGUAUCAAAAAAAAGUGAGUCAUGCCCUUAAAAUGGAUAAUUUAGCAGCUCUGAAAAGAUGGACUCAAAAUGUGCAAUAUGAACAGAUCAAAAGUGCUCUGCUUAAAACAAAAUGAAGGGAUUUUAGAACAAACCCAGUGGACAUAAAAAGGUCAUCUUUGGUGUCAUUAAGUGUUAUCACUCAGCUGGGAUUUAAAAUUAUGAAUAUGAUUAAAUAAAACUGACGAUUUGUAGUUUUAAAUAUUCUAUCAGAAGUUCUGUAAGGAACAUUUUGACAAAAUUUACCCCAGAAACUUGUGGAAUGGAUACUGGCUUGAUACUCUUUAGCUGUGACACUGUGAUCUAUCGGAGGUGCAACAUCCAAUCUCUCUCCAUGAUACAGGGCCAAAUAAGGUUUCGCCAUGAAUUCUUUUCAAACUAAGAAGUUACUUUGUCAUUUUAAUUCGACAUCCAUUCCUGACUUUCGUCUGGGGCUUGAAUUUUCCCUCUCAGAGAAACUCUGACUGCCAUUUACAGAAAUCUGGCGCUGAAAAGGUCAGCAAAGGUUGUGAAAUCACUCUGAGAGCUGUCUCUGUGCACAGCUGUAAUAACCAUAGAUUUCUGAACAAACCCCGUCCAAGUUUUCCCUUUUAAAACAAAAAAUGUACAAGAAAAGAAGAGCCCAAAUACAAGAUAAUAAAAAACUUAAAGCCUGUUUUGACUGUGAGAGAAGUCUAGACUCGAGACUGUUAACUACUUUAUUUUGCUGAACUUAAACCACAGAGAUCUCAGUGGACACAAACUUGCUAUGUUGGUAUUUAACAACACAACAGUAUGCAAUUAAUUUGGAUAAAAUUUCCCUGCUGAUGUUUUUUUAAACUAUUAUUUAUGUACAAUAUAAUAAAUAAAUAAAUGUCAUCUGUAAAGUAAGUAAUCAAAUCUAGAGGUAAUCCAUUGUUGGUUUUUCUGUACUUUUGUCAUAGACAGUUUUCAUUCAACUAAACUCUGGAUUGGAUUGGAAAUAAAAACGGAAUGGGAUUCUGAACAUCAUAGACUUUAAUAAAGGCGUAACUAAACUAAAUGAGAUUUUAAAAAAUUGCAAACAAUGGAACAAAACAUGGGUCACAACAACUAAAAAUAACAUUUACAAAAGCUCAAAAUUAGAAUUUUUAACCUACUUAUGAAACAGAAGCAACAUUUUUUCAUCUCCGCAAUGAAAGAAGUAGGUGUUAAACGAAGGACUUGGAGUGCAGUUUACCCCUUAUUUGCCAAAGGGAAAUCUUUGUAUCAACAUUUGUGACUGCAAUUUUUUUAAACCACUUUCUUAAAACUAUAACUAUUCAUAUUUCAAUCCGACAUGUGUUUAAAAAGAAAAAAAAGAAAAGCUUUGAUGCUAUUUAAUCUUCAAAUAUGAAGCUGUAUGCUUCAUUGGCAUGAAGUGGAAAGCUAACGCUUACUUGUGCUAAGAAAAAGUUUUAUGAAAGCAGUUUGCUGAACUUUUUAAGGAAAUUCAACAGUGCAUAAAUGUUUUCGGCAUAUUCCCUGUAUUUUAGGGGACUUGACCCCCCCUGUAAUUACAUAGUAAGGUAGUAGUGUGAAGGGUCUUGCCUGCAUAACUGAUCGUAUAUAUUCCUAAAUUGGGUUGAUUAAAAUAUGCCUACAAGAAUAUAUGGAUUUUUUGUUAGCUAGAGUUGGGAUUAUGUAAUUUUACUGCAUCCAAUUUUUGCUCAAAUUUUACCAAAAGUAAACAAUUAUCAAAGGUACUGUAGGUUAGCUUUAACUUUAAAAUCAAUGAUUAGCAUGAUCAUACAUACGCCUAAUUGCGAAACAAUAAUAUCAUUUAUUGAUAAACGGGGAUGUCGAAAUGAUUAAAUGGACUCCAUGUACUUGUAAAAAAAUAAAAAAAUAUUUUUGCCAUUUACUUCUACAGAUUGUUGGCAAAGCAUUCAGCAACACUGCACGCUGUAUUUUAAUAAAAACAGCAGAAUAAAACUUCUAUUGAUCAAAAAGGGAUAAGUACUGUGUAUAUGUCAAACCUAAUUUAACUCUUUUAAGCAGAACUGUUAAAAAAACUCAAAUUUGCUGGUUUUUUUAUUUGUUGAUCCAUACAGUAGCCAUUUUGAGGCGGUCUUUCUCUGACUUUUUUUUUAUAGAAAUCUGAAUUCUGAAAGCUUUUCUGCGUGUAUUUCUAGCCUAGAAUUAGGCAAAUCUGACUUGCAAGAAAAAAAAAGUGCUACGCAUGACAACACAAUUUAGCAUGCUAACGCGCUAACCACCUGUUCUUGCUUUAUCCCUCGUGAUUGUAAAUACCAACUUGGCUCUUUGGGCCAAAUUGGGCCAUUGGAAAAAAAAAGGUAAUGACACUUGAAUUUAGCUUCCUGCCUUGGCUGUGAUAUUUGAGGUUUAAAAUAUAGCUCAGAGUAGAGCAUAGCAUGCUGCUGUUUGGCAAGACUAGGUACGGGUAGUAGGAUUUUUUCUUGUGUUUUUCACUUAAGGUAAGUUACUGUGCUGGUGUAGGGAAGAUGUUUUGUUUUUGAAGUGUUGCAACUUUUCAACCUCUAAGACGUCAGCAUUAAACAGAGCCAGGCUAUGUGGAAGGUACAUUGGGUUUGAUGCUGAAUUGUGGUUGCUAUGGUCACAAAGAGGAAACUAAUAGUCUUAGAUAAUAUUUACAAUAAAACUGAGUUUGGAGCUGCCUGUUUGAAAACUGAAUGGAGUAAAGAAGCGCCACAAAAGUUACCCAGUCCACUGCUACCACAAAGUACAAAAACAAGUUGUCGAUGGCAUUACUUUGUUUAGUUUGUAUAUUGUUUUGUUUGUUCUUUGUCUUGAGUAGGUUUUGAAAGGAUGAAUGAAAAGGCAUUGCACUGGUUCUCACUGCUUUUGUAAAAAGGCUACGAUGUAAACAGAAAUUAAAAUUGACAUAAACUGCGUUUGUUUUGGACCGAUUUUCAUGUACUUGUUAAGAGAAAAGCGCUAAUAAUCCAGUGGUGUCGAGUCAAUUGUGAAUUCUAAAUUAUGUUGCUUCCAAUGUAAAGGUUUUUGACACGUCUCUGUCUCACUUAUUAUCUUUCUGUAUAUCAAACUGAGGUAUAAAGAAAUAAAACACAAGCAAGUCAACUAGAAAAAUGGAUGGACAAUCCCCUCCCCGCCCCAAACUAACUACUACAAAAAUAUUGUGGACAGAAAAUAUCUUUACAAAUCUUAAAGUUACACCUAGAAAGAAUGUUAGUGAGAGAAGAUUGCAAAUGAAGAUAAUAGAAGGACAAAUAAAAAUAAAAAAAUGACAGCCAUAAAUUGAUUUCUGGGUCAGUGAGAUGAAAUGGACUCCUCCUGCCCAGCAUGUGUGUUAUUAUAGUGUCUCUUGUGUCCGUUUGUCUUUCAUCCUCCUUUUUUAUCCUUGUCCGUCUCUUCUGCUGCCAUUCUAAACAGGCAGUAGUCAAUAUUUUUUUCCAGUUUUUUUCCACCCAUUUUCCCAAUGCCACGUUUUCCAUAUUUUGGAAUGUCAAUGUGCUACUUGUUGACACUGUGCAUGAAUGAUAACAAGUCUGUAUAUAGUUAUAGAGAACCGUAUCCCAUUCCCAUGGUGUUGACUAAAAACAAAAAUAGAAAAAAAACCUGAAUGUUGUACAGGUUUUCUUCGGUUUCCGUUGCAUUUUGUGUGUAAAUCUUACCCAAAGACUUUGUUUUUUUCAACCUAAACAAAGCGACAAAACCUUCUGUUUUGAGUAAUUGCACAUCAAUAUGUUUUUUUCCUUUUAUUGAAAAGGCAAUAUCUGCUGUUAUUGAAUGAAGGAUGAGAUCUUUAAAGCGUUAUGUAUCUAAAACAAAUAAUCUAUAAUGUAUGGGAGCUGCAUGGGGUAUUUGUACAAAUAGUAAUAAUAAAAAAAAGACACUGCUUGCUACUUCUUAUACCGUGGCUGUAUUCUCAAACAGAGGAUGAGGAAUAUGUAUGUACAUCUAAAGGUUAUUUUGUCAUUAAAUAAAUAAUAAUAUUGUGUAUAUACUGUACAGUAUUAUCAGUGAGGUGGACAACAUAGCCAUCAUGCUAACUAUAGAGAAAUUAUUCUACAUAUUUAUUUAAAGGAAAAGCGAACACUCACUACACUCAAGAAUGACAUAUAUUGCCUUUUUGGAGGAGUUUGAAACAUGUCUCUAUAGAUCUGCCUUGCCUGUCUUUUUUGUUUUUUCCUCUGACUCAAUUCUAUCUUACUUUUUACAAUUCUGUUGUUUUUAACAAGCGUUUCUCAGUCUUUUUUGCUAAUUUAGCUGUAAAAUUCAUACCUAUACCUGCUCUCAGUCAUGGAGAUCUGCAGUUUUGCUGCAUAUGUCAUCAUCUGUCUUACUCUCCAAGCAGAUCAUUUAUUUAUAUUUAUGUCACCAUCUGUCUCAUUCAUUUUUUCCUGUUGACAAAUCCCCCUUUUUUGUAAUCCUCUCUUCUUUCCUUCAGGACAUCUUACUUAAAUUCCACUUUUUUUCUUGAUUCUUAUACUUUUCACAUGUUGUUUAAUCAUUUUUAUGUACAAUAAUCACAGCAGAUAUGUUUGUAAUAAUAUUUGUUAUUCUAGGGUUUUUUUUUGUUGGUUUGUCUUCUAAAUCCAUGUGUGCUCAGAUUUCUUUUAACAAUAAUUUUUGUUGAACACAAACUGAUAGGCAGAAAGUUGUACGUGUGUCGCCAUUAACUGUGACUGCUCGCCAUGAAACAUGGUACUUCUCAUGAAAUCAUUCAAAUAAAGUUUGGGAUACCCUGUUUGAGA